AUGCAAACUUUUUCUUCAAUACUCACAAAUGGUCCUCAACACUUUCUCCAAGCUUUCAAAGCUUCCGACCAGGGAUCAUGGUACGAUUCUAACCUUUUCGGUCUUACUCAAUUCCCCAACAUGGGAUGGGGUGCCGUAGCUUUGAUCGAUAUUCCCGUCGAUACCCCGCUGUUUCACAUCCCAUCGAAUCUUCUACUCACUCCCUAUACCUCAAGACUCGCCUCUUUGCUCGCAGAUGAGGAAUGGGAUAAACUCGAUAUCGGGUGGGCUCGACUCAUCCUUGUGAUGAUGUACGAGACAUCUUUAGGGCAAAAAUCAAAAUGGUAUCAAUACUUGAGCAAGCUUUUCCUUCCUUGUCGGCCCACAUGGCUGAUCGCCGAGACAGAAAGUAUGCCGACCAAAUUUGACACUCCAAUGUUCUGGGACGAAACUCGUCGUGCUGAGCUCAUCGGGACUGAUCUCGAAGGUAGAAUAGGUCGUGAAGAUGCCGAUAAGCAAUAUUUUGAGAUUCUCCUCCCCAUCAUUCAAGCUCACCCUGAUAUCUUUCCUCCCAACUCCAUCGACACUUCUCUGGAGGCGUAUCAUCUUCAAGGCUCGCGUAUUCUUUCCAGAUCAUUCACUAUCCCACGUUCUAAAGCUGGUGGUCCGGCCCCCCACGUAGUGGAAAGCGACGACAGCGACAGCGACAGCGAUGAGGAAGAAGGAGGAGUAGCGGCGAUGGUAUGGAUGGCAGAUAUGCUCAAUGCGGCUUAUGAACUCGAUAAUGCAAGAUUAUAUGAUACUUCCGAAAACACCUCUGCGACUUCGACAGAGCCAUGGGAUAGACCGGGGUAUACCAUGAGAAGUACGAAACUUAUCAAAGCUGGAGAACAGAUCUAUAACACCUACGAUUCACCACCCAAUUCUGAAUUGUUGAGGAAAUACGGUCAUGUGGAUCAAUUACCCUUACCGCAAACCAUCCUUGAACUGCUUACUUCUGAAGAAGUAGGAAAUCAUCCUGUUGGUAAUCCAGGAGAUGAAGUGUUUCUUCCCGGUGAUAUGGUCUUGGACGCUGUGACGGAAGUCAGGGGUAAGAAAAAGGAGGAUUUGACAGAGAGAGUUGAUUGGUGGUUAGAGGAAGGCUACGAGGAUACAUUCCCCCUCACCUAUUCUGAUCCCAUAAAUGAAGAUCUCAUCCCAUUCAUCCGUCUCAUGAUUGACGACGACGAUUGGUCUCGCGCACAACACAAAGGUAAACGACCCCAUGCGAAGAUGGACCAAGUUGUACAAAGUGUUCUUCUUUCCGCUUUGGACCUAAGGGCAGCGAAAUAUAAGACUUCUAUAGAGGAUGAUCUGGCAAUCAUCUCCGAUUCACCAGGUGAAAAACGGGCUGCGGUGGUACGUUUAGGUGAAAAACGAAUACUCAAUGUUGCUCAUCGAGUCGUCAUGACUGCGAAACUCGAAACCUCCACAAACGAGAAGAAACGGACGGCGACCGAUUAUGACGAAAGUAGAUCAAAGAAGAAAAGAUAA